AUGGGAAAUCUUCAUUUUUUCGUCCUUAUUAUUCAUGCUCUAAGUUUCAUGUCAAUUGUUGAAUCUUUCUCUAUUAUAAAGAAAGUGGAUUACAUGACUGGAUUUCUAAACACUUAUUUGCUGUCACUGUUGAUAUUUGAUUUUGGCUUCUCUAGUUUUCAGGGUAUGUUGCGUAAUAGUAUUUGUGGCAUGUAUCCUAAUCAAACUCCUAUUAUGCCCAACAAGGUGGGAAGUAGUCCACGUAGCUUAAGCAAGAUGAAGUUAACUUCAAUUCUGCGAUACACUGACCAGGACCGGGGGAAAAUGAGAUUUUUUGGUCAGGGAUGUAAAGUGAUAACUGCAAGAGAUUUCAGAAUGGGAUCCAGGAUUGCUCUUGAACUUGCUGAUGCGGCCAGCCAAAAGACAGAAAGAACUUCAAAUUGUUUUCCUUCAUGUCAGAUGAAAAGAACUCCGAAGAGUUCAACUUCUCUACCAGGACCAAAUAGCAUCCUUGUUGAGAAGUAUGAUUUGGCUGAUCUUGAAUGGACAGAUGAUAUCCUGGAAUGUCCUAUAUACCAUCCCUCAGAAACUGAGUUUGAGGAUCCUUUCACGUAUCUACAAAGCAUUGCUCCAGAAGCUUCAAACUAUGGAAUCUGCAAGAUUGUAUCACCUUUUAAGGCUACCAUACCGGCUAAAGAUGUACUCAGGCACUACAAGUUUUCAACUUUAGUGCAACCUCUUCAACUGGCUGGAAGGGUUGGAAAAGAUAUGGUCAAAUUCACCGAACAAAAGAGGAAAUACACCUUGGCCACUUUCAGAAAAAAGGCAAAUAAGGGCAAUGCUCGUCGACUUCCUCAUUAUAGGGAAUUGUCCCCUUCAGAUGUGGAAAAGAAUUUUUGGCUGGAAAUGUCUCGUGGGAAAAGGACAGUCGAGUAUGCUGUUAAUGUUGAAGGUAGUGCCUUUUCAUGUCAUGCAAUCGAUCAGCUUGGGAAAAGCAAAUGGAACUUGAAGGCGCUGCCAAAGCUACCCGCAUCAGUAUUGCGCCUUAUUAAAGAUGAAAUUCCAGGAAUAACAUAUCCAAUGCUGUACAUUGGAAUGCUAUACAGUACUUUUGCAUGGCAUGUAGAGGAUCACUAUCUGAAUAGUAUCAAUUACCAUCACACCGGUGCCCCCAAAACUUGGUAUGGUGUCCCUGGUGAUGAAGCUAUUCUGUUAGAGAAGGUGACAAAGAAUCAUGUGUAUUCCAGUGAUGUCAUAUCUGCUGAUGGAGAUGACGGGGUGUUCAAGGCACUUGCAAAGAAGACAACGAUGUUUUCCCCAAUUAUAUUGAUGAAAAAUGGCGUCGAUGUUUACAAGACUGUGCAGAAACCAGGGGAGUUUGUUAUUACUUUUCCAAGAGCGUAUCAUGCAGGAUUCAGUCAUGGUUUUAACUGUGGGGAGGCAGUUAAUUUUGCUGUCGGUGACUGGUUUCCAUUUGGAGCAGCCGCAACCAAGCGCUAUGCAUUCCUUAGCAUGAGGGGAAUCAUUCCUCAUGAGGAACUUCUCUGUAGGGAAGCAGUACUUCUCUUCAAAUCUUCAAAGUCUGAAGGUUUCGAUUGCGCGACUGUAGAUUUGGUCUCCAAUGAUUCUACAAAAAAUUCUUUUAUACAACAUAUGCAUUGGUUCAAUGAUGCUCUCCAGCGCUUAAAGAAUCGAACAAGGCGCCUACCAAAGUCUCACGGAUCUGUUAUAUGCUGCUUAUGUCAAUGUUCCUCUUAUUUAGCAUUUAUCGAGUGCAGUGGUUGUCAUUCUCCUACCUGCCUUUUCCAUGCUCUAGUAUCCAAAUACAAUGCUAAUGCUUCUUUCUUUUUUUUUCCCCUGCAUUUGUUUCUUCCUUUUAUGUGCCGGUUGAUACAGAAACUAAGUCACUACAAUGUCAAUGUGGAAAGAAAUGCAUUAUUUGUCUUAGAGAAGACAUUAACGACAUCGGAGAUGCGCUUAAGAAGUUUGAGGGUGAAGGAAGAUUGCAGCAGGAUCAUCAAGAAAUGGAAUGUGCCACUUCUACUUGUGAGGCAAGUUAUAUUGAACCUCAGAAUUAGAACCCCUCAAUUUCAAGGAAGAGAUGACCAAGUAGUAGCAACUACUUAUGCGAAAGAAGCGGCAGUUGUACCCGGAAUAGAUGAAAAAAAUAUUGAGCUCAAUGAGGAGAAAACUUCUGAGACUGGAUGCAACAAAUUUUUCGGAUUAGCAUAUUCAAGGCGUAGCAAGAGGGCAAGAAAAAGCUGCAUUGGGGAAUGGAAUUUGUGCAGUCCUGAGCUCUGUUCAGAUUUCCACAGAAAAUUUAUUCGUUUUAAUUGA